AAGAAAAAAUAUUUAAUGUUACGAAGAUAUAUAAUUAUCAAAUCUUGUUGAAUUAUAUCUAAGGAUUAUAUAAGAAACUAUGUAUGAAUGACAAAAUAUUUAUCGAUAAACAUUAAAAAAAAAAAGGAUUUCAUCUAUAUAUUAAUUCAAGCCACGCAAUGAAAAAUAUAAUUACAGGAAAAAGAGUUAAAAACAUGUUUCGUAAAGUUUGUCAGUAACAACUUUCAACGCGACACCGAUGUUAAUCUUCCAUCAUUCAAUCAUGCAAGAUACGAGAAAAGUCCAUUAUAACAACAGAUCUAAAGAUUAAGGUCGUGAUAUGAACGUUAGGCUGAGCCAUUAUCGGUUGUGCCGUCAUCCAGGGAUUGGCCGAUCAGAGCCAAGCUUUUGCCUUACUUGACCACUUAAAAUACCAGUCAACUGUUCACCCCUAAUGAUUCAGGGGCGGAACAAUCGUUUGUUUCUCCAGUGCGCAUGUACGGAGAGGCGGAACCACCCUGGUGGCGACGAAUUGCACAUCCUUUUGGUGAAAAGAUAUACGGAAUGAGCUCCCACGCGCAUGCAAGAACAAUCUGUAGCGGAAGCGCAGUGACAAGUGCGGUUUCUGCAUUACAUUUCUUAAAAAGUUAUAGUCUAUUCACGCCGACCUCAGACUUAUGCAGAUAUGAGCCAUAUAAUUCUAAAGACUACAACUUUGGAAAUAUCGACAUUUUAGAAAGUUCAAAUACACCAGAUAUAGCAAUUGGCCGGACAUCAUCGCCAUUAACACCCUCAUCUUUGUCAACAUUUUCACUUCCAGGAUCUCUACUUCAACCACCGUUUUUAUCUACAAUUCCACCUUUAAUGCAAUCUAUAAAUGUGCCUCCGACGUUUUCUAAUAGUAAUACAAGUAACAUGGUAAGUCGUCAUUUUUUGAGUGCGAAUAGCAUCACAAACAUUCAUAAACGACCUAGAAGCGAAAAGAAACCAAUACCAGAUGAUCAAAAAGACGAAAAAUAUUAUGAGAGACGUAAACGUAAUAACCAAGCUGCAAAGAAAUCUCGAGAUGCUCGGAAAAUUAGAGAAGAUAAUAUUGCAUUGCGAGCAACUAUAUUAGAGCAUGAAAACGCAAUUUUAAGGGCGCAAGUAAUAACUCUUCGUGAAGAAGCGCAAUGCCUUCGGCAUAUGUUGAUUAAACAGCAAACAUCACCAUUACAAUCUAUUAAUCGGUCGAUUUCUUCGAUAACACCUGUUACAUUAUCACCUCCUCAUUCAACGGCAACUUUAGAUUGCCAAAUUUGAAGUAUACUAUUAACAAAAAAACGUCAUAGCUGACAUUUUUGGCAAUCAAAUAAAUAUUUUUUAAUAAUUAUAUAGGAAAACAUACUAUAUUCAUAAAGUGAUGUUAAAUUAUUUAGAUUGUUGUGUUAAAUUUUUUUAAAUUUUAUUAAAUUUACAUAU